AUGGAGGAAUGCGUCAAAGGUCGGCCCCAUCCCCCUGCGGAAGCGCAAAUGGCCUUCUCAUCGGUUGCCACCCACACUACGUCAGACAUGCUCAAGCAGGUCCUCCCCGACCUUUGUGGUCAUGAGGAUGUUAUCCAAGCGCUUUCCGAGGAAAUUGUGGCGGUCAUCCAGGAAGAAGGAUGGAGGAAGACCGCCUUAAAUAAGCUCAAACUUAUGGACAGUGUGCUGGAAAGUCAAUGUUUGAAGCCGAUCAACAUCGGCUAG